AUGACGAAGCCAUUCACAGCAGUCAGGUCCGCCGCCAUAGACGGCCGAGUCCUGAAUCCCUUCUACAGAAAGACCCAGCUCAAGCAAUUACACAGCACUCUUGCGGAUAACGCAGCCCGGAUCCAAGAGGCAAUCAAGAACGACACAAACCACAGACCAGCAGAGAUCAAGGGCGAGUACUGGCUCGCCCUGAAGUGCAUCGCGGAUGCAUUUGCGUCAAUCGACCCACAGAAGUGUCUAGAAGAUGAGUAUGCCAUCUCAAAAGGACGCGAUGAUCCAGACAGCCGGAGUCCAGUUGGCAUUGUAGUCAUUGAACCUUCUUCGCAUACCUUUUUGUACAGCCUCAUCGCGGCCCUGGUGCCAGCUCUUGCAGCAGGCAAUUGCGUGAUAGUUAAGGUAAUUACCAAGGGGUACAAGCAAGUUUCAGACAGAACGCUGACUAUGAAGGCUCAAAACUCUUUGCUGGAAACACCAUCUCUUGUACUGGGUCUGAUACAGGAGUCUCUGGACAAAGAUAUCUUGGAAGUCACAAACCAGCAAGUGAAUCUAGAAGACAUCAACCACCCACACAUUCGAGUCCUCCAGAAUGGCUCAACACAUUCGACAUCAAAUCAAGACCUGGUGUCAAACUCGAAAGCACCAGUUCUUGCAUUUGUGGAGCGAGAUGCUGAUGUGCAAGCAGCAGCAAAGGCCCUAGUUUCGUCUCGCUUCGGCCUCGGUGGAAAAUCUCCUUAUGCUCCAGAUGUUGUGUACGUGAAUGAAUGGGUAAAGAAGGAUCUCCUGCGCGCUCUUGUCCAGCAAAGUACCGACUUUAUGGCCAACCCAGCUGCGACUCGGAAAUCUACCAAAUUUGCGAAAUCUGAACUAUCCAAACAAGCUGAAAAAGACGGUUCGGUCAACAUUAUAUCAUCAGGAUCCGGUGGACUCAUCCUGGACGUUGAGGAUAGGAGAUCUACUCUACUUGGGCAAAAGGUGGUAGAAAACUGUCUUGUCAUCCACUCCGUCACCAGCAUGGACGACGCAAUCGAUUCAUCUAAGAGUUCUGGACCACUUGCGGCAGCAUACAUCUUUACUACCCCGAACAUGGCCAAGUAUAUGUGCCAAUUUGUCGACGCGACUGUCAGCUUUGUAAACCAAAUCCCAGUUGAACUGAUGUACUCACCGAUUGCUCCCGAGGGCCAUCCACCGCAACCAAACAACUACAGAAUCUACCAACAGGAUCUCUUUUCUCACCCGACCCCCAAGUACAUCACAAACUCUUCCACCAGCGAGAAGCUUGCCAAGUUCAUGAGCGGAUCCUCACCUCAUGAACUCGUUGCCCUAGACCGGGAAGCAACGACAAAACUUCCAGAAAUUGUGAGAUUGAAGAGAGCAGGAGGCAUUGGCUUCUUCAACCAGGGAAUUGUGACAGGCUUGGUGCUGGCUUUGACCACGCUCCUUUCGGGGACUGGGUUGCUUGGGUACUAUGCUGUAAAGUACUGGCGGGCUCGAGCUCUAUAG